AUGAUGCUAUCUCUGUUCAUCCUCCUCAGAACCCAACAACGCCACACUCUAAACCCUAUCUCUGAUCCUAAGCUCCGCCUCCACACGGUCUCCCUCCUCCGCCCCAGAAACAAACCCAAGCAGAAUCUCAACCCCACGACCACCAACUGGAACACCACCCACACCUUCGUCCCCUCCAACCCCAUUCUCCUCCUCCUCGAGACCAAAUGUCGAUCCAUGCCCCAUCUCAUGCAGAUCCACGCCUGCAUGACCGUCGUCGGACUCUCCUACGACCCGCUCGCCUACAGCCGCCUGAUAGCUUUCUNUGUGCCCUCUCCCCCACCGGAGAUCUCGAUUACUCCAAACGAUUCCGCCUGCGACGGCCAAAAUCCGGCCGAAGCUUUUCUCCUCUACAAACAGAUGUUGGGUGUCGGUAGUGUCAGAUCUCAGCCUGAUAACUACACUUACCCUUUACUCUUCAAGACCUGCGCCAGGUUAUUGCUUUUCGAGAUGCGGGGCGUCAGGAUUGAGAAAUCGGGAGGCCGAUUGCCCGAAAUGGAGGUGAGCACGUACGCGAGGUCUAUCCUUAGAGGUCUCCGUCACAUUCACAGUCUUGGCUACGUCCAUUGUGACUUAAAGCCCGAAAAUGUGCUGCUCGUGGCCGAAAACGACGGCUUCAUGGCCAAACUAAAGGAGCCUUCUAAUGUGUGGGCCCUCGGUUGUGUGGUGCUCGAGAUGUUGGUGGGCCCGUAUAAUGCGUGGGGAGGGAGCAAGGACAAAAUACUUUCGUGGAUUAAUGGCCGAAAUCAUCUUUCAGAGGAUGCAAGGGAUUUUCUCGAGUGUUGUUUCACGAGUGAUCUAGAUCGAAGGCCCACUGCCGAAUCCCUCUUGUUGCAUUCCUUUGUCGACGAUUACGCGAAAUGUCUCUUUUCGUCGGCUAGCGCUAACGCAACUGUUGACGAUGCUGAAUAUGGGUUUAGUUUCCAUUUCGAUUUUGAUGAUGACAAUUAA